AUGUCACACUUUAAUUGGACUCUGGACAGUGGAACCAACUACCACAUACUGCGCACCGGCUGCUAUCCGUAUAUGAAGUAUCACUGCAGCAAACGCGAUGUGGUGGACCUUACGAUGGAAGACAAGUUCUUCCGUUUCCUUAAAGUGAUAAAUUUAGGCUUACCAAUGCUCUUCUAUGGACUGGCUGCCAUCCGCCUAAUAAGCCAUACAGAGAUUGUUCAUGUCAGCGAGAAGGUAAAAGUUCCAAUAUAUUUCCUAUAUGCCGAGGACAAGGGAGCGAGAUUUUGAAUUUUACUCUGACGACGACGAAUAUUAAGUGUGACGAACAGCCUUCUUGUCUUAUUUAUUUACAUAUUUAAUACCAGUUCAACACAUGCAAAAUCAACAGCAUAUUACAAGCGAGUUGCUGAAACAGCAAAUCCUAUGACUAAAACACUUUUACCAAAUUAAAAAGGAAAAAACAAAGAUCUAAGACUAGUUUUUGCAGUCUGUUGGAUGAUUCUCGCAGGUCUCGUCGUAGUUGUCCAGCUGUAGAGCCUUCAAAGAGGCCUCGAACUGGGUGAGCGAGCACGGAGUAUCGCAGUUGGGAAUGGUCAGCUCCUUGGGGAACUUAUCCUCGCUGUUGUAAUAGUAAACAAGCUGAAAAUAUAAUAAUUUAAAUAAUA